AUGAGCCUUGCUGGUCAACACCGUCUCCAGAUUGACAGCAUGGCCACCGUUGCGCCUCAGGAAACCGAUCUACCGACGGUUGCGGAGAUUGAAGCUUCACCUGAUGUGCUGAGUAUUCCGACAAACGAUAUCAAGGUUGUUCGAGCUCGGGAACGCUUCGCAGUCAAGAUAGGCAAUAGGAUUCCAUCACAAGAGGCAGAGAACAUGAAAUUCGUGGCACAAAACAGCAACGUUCCGGUGCCAAAGGUUUACGAUCACUUCUUCGAUCUGGAAACUCAGAAGAGAUACAUCAUUAUGGAUUACAUCCCAGGCGCCGAUCUAGAAAAAGCUUACCAUCGCUCACGCCAACGGAGAAAAAGACAAUCAGCAAACGGAUUAGAGCCGUACUUGAUGAACUACGGGAUAUCCCAGAUCAGGGGUACUUUGGAAACUUGGGGCGCCAGCCUUAUCUCGACGAAUCAAGAGCAGAUGAAUCAGGGUAUCUUGGCGACGCUUAGUGUGAGGGACUCCCCUCAGUACGUUCGACUACUGCGAGGAAUGAUUGCUCGCACCCUCAAAGACCACAAGAUUGUGUUCACUCACGGAGACCUUCAACCAAAGAAUAUCAUGGUUGAACGCAAUGGACUGCAAGAGGAUGGAAACAGCGACUUCAAAAUCACACUGAUUGACUGGAAUCUUUCUGGCUGGUACCCGGAAUGCUGGGACUUUUGCAAUUCGACGGUUCAUUGCCAGUUGAAGCCUGGUUGGCUAGAGCUCAUCCCGGAUAUUAUGGACGAGUAUACUCUAGAGUAUUUGAUGAUGCGGGUUGUUUACUCCUCGGUCUUUUACUAG